GAUUAGCAAGUUAGGUUGGGUUAGCACAAAGAAAAACAUGGAAUAGUGUCGCGACGACGCGAGUGAAAUUAUUUUUUAGUAGUGUUUUAUGUUUGAAAAGUAACGGAAUAUCAAAAACAGAGAAGAGGACCAUGGAAGAGAGGAAGCACAGACAUUAUCUUCAUCAUCUCAUUAAUGUAUUCCCGACUAUCCACGUCGACGUCGACGUCGACGUCGACAUCGACAUCGUGGACAGACCACCUAACGCUCGCAUAAACCAGCUGGACAUUUUCCUUCUGGCUUGUUCCAUACUUAUGCAUAUUGUGGAUAUGUGUUUCGAUUAUAACAUCGCUGUUCAAUAUCUUUUGGUUGGCCAAGUAACAUAUUUCGUUUGGACAAUUUGCCUUAUCCUGAUUCCAUCCUUGAUAAAUGUUAUAAUCAGCAAAAGGAUGCAACAUCAAGAUAAAGAAAGAAAUUCUAAUGCAGAUGCACUAGAUGAUCAUAAAACAACGCGUUUAAUGAUCACAAGUAAAUUAUAUUUCGCGAUUGCUGUUGUCUUCCAAUUAGCGCCAGUUAUACAUUAUUGGGAAACUUUGAAGUAUGCGUUAAAAGCACGAAAAUGUGAGAAAUCUGGAGAUCGUACCAGUGAAAGACGAUAUUACUUGAAAAUGCUCAAAGAAGAUCAAGAUGUUGCAUUGCUAAGGGUAUUUGAAUGUUUCUUGGAAGCUGCACCGCAACAAAUUCUGCAACUCACUCUAAUGCUAAAGCAUUAUGAUAAUAGGAUUAAUCUUGCAUUGGUACAUCAAGCAGGUAGCAUUAUCAGCUCACUUGUGAGCAUGGGUUGGGCAAUGGCUAGUUAUCAUCGCAGCAUUCGAUUAGCUCAACAAGAUAAAUCUAAUAUCAGUACCAUAGGAACUAUUUUACAAUUUUUCUGGCAUUUUCUUAUUACAGUGGCAAGGAUCUUAUCGCUCAGUGUCAUUGCAAGCAUCUGGCCUGUAUAUACCAUAAUAUAUUGCAUAAUACAUUGGCUAAGUAUGACAAUAUGGAUUUUGAUAGAUUCCCAUGGAAUAUUGGAAUUUUGUCGGACUUACAGUCAUCCACCACAUAUGCAGCCUACAAUUAAAGAACGCAUUUAUUCCAUAUUAUUUGCUUCCGUUAUUGGCAUAGUUCAUAUUUUUAUAUAUCUCAAUGCUGUAGAUAGCAAAACAUUUUGGAAACAUCUAUCUUUCUAUGUUAUCUGCUUUUUUGAAAAUAUUGCAGCAAAUUUAUUAUGGCAAUAUGCUUGUCCUCCUGCAGUUAAAGAGGCUUGGUACUUUAAUAUAAUCUUUAUUAUUUGUAUCAUUUCCUUUUUCUUGGGAAUUACAGCAAUGCUUUUGUACUAUACUGUCUUUCAUCCCUCAAAAAGACAACAUACUUCAAACGCACCAGUUCAAGCAAUGUAA